UACAACUGUAGGUCACACUGACAUCAGCAUGGCCCUUGAGCCACCACGACAUACGCUGUUGUCAGAUGCACUGCGUCAAGCAGCAUGUCGCUGUGUCGAUCAACGUGCAUCUACAACAAGAGGACAUAGUGCCGUCUUUUUAGUGCUGACAUAAUCUAACCACAGUUAUCAACCAAAAACAUCAACUUUGUACAAUUACAAGGAAAGAGUUACAGUUGAAGAUAUGGACCAUUUUCCUAAGUGCAGCAUUUGCAAGCAACAGUUUUGCUACCAAGGACCUCCUCCCUGGUUGCUGCCAUGUCUACAUGCUGUAUGCAAGGUCUGUCUUUCUGCUGCUGAGACAGGGACGUUGAAAUGCUCGUCUUGUCACAAAGAAUUUGAUAAAGAAGAACACAAGUUCCCAGUGGACAAAGUCAGGGCAAGAGAGAUCUUCAAUCUAACUGUCCUUCAUCGUCCAUCCGAGUUGCAAUGCACUAACAAACAAGAUGGCGGACAGGCUGUCGUGUGGUGUAAACAGUGUGAGGCUCUGUUUUGUGAAAAUUGUCAAGUGGCUCACAGUGAUAUCAAAAUGACAAAAUGUCACAAAGUUCAGACAAUCGACCAACUGGCACAAGAUGGAGUCUCCAUAGAAGCCAAGGAUGCUGUUUGCUCCACACACCAAAGGCCUGUUGACGUCUAUGAUGCGACAUGUGGAGUUCUGAUAUGUUUAAGGUGUACACGUGACGAUCAUGCUGGUCAUGAUGUUCAAGAAGUCGACGAAGCAUUUCAAUCCAAGCAACUUGAAAUGAAAACGAAACACAAUCAACUAUUGAUCCAUCAAGAAUCCUUAAAUGAAUCGAUUCUACAGAUGAACAGCAUUGAAGAAAAGGUUGAUGAGAAAUGCCGUUCCCUGCAAACUUUAAAGGUUCACACAAUGUCUGAACUGAAGUCUCUUGUCGAACAGAGGGAGAAGGAACUUGACCUUGACCUGAGCACCUGCUUUGAGCACAUCAGAGAUGGAACCAGGGAGAAGCAGCAGGAACUGGAGACGUCCCAGAUGUCCCUGAACACCUCCCUGGCCUACAUAGAGAAGGCCUUGACCUUGACACCACUAGAGUACCUGGAGCUCCAGGACACCAUGAUGCAGAGCGUGGACUCCUGUCUCUCCGAGCACGUGUCUGCCAUGAAGCAGCAGGAAGCAGCAGCAGGUGUUGCGUUCUCCAGAGAGGGUCUCCAGAGUCUCAAGACUGACAUUGCCUCCUUUGGCUGCUUCCUUACAUCACUGGACCAGGAAUCUCAGGCCCAUCAGCAACAGGAUAACCAAGGUACAUCAAAGUACGCUUUCCUCCAGAACGAGAUUGGGGAUCUGCAGAGAAGGUACCAUGAGCUUGAGAAGAGAUCACUGAUGACUGAGAAAGUGUUGAAAGAAAAGCUAACGAUUGAGGUGAAAGAGAAAGACCUAGCAAAGAAACAGCUUCAGGCGAGAAGUGAUACGAUAACAUCUCUGGAGAAGGAAGGGAAAACACAACAAAUAACAAUUGACACAUUUAAGGAGCUGGCAGAGAAAAUAGGUGUGAGACUGACCAGUGACUUGACCUUAGUUAGUAGUCAGUAUAGAACCGGCGUGCCUGUCAAACUCAACUGUCCACCACUCAAGUUUGAUGUCGGGCGGGCAAACUUCGAUCUGGUUGAAGUCACUGAGAGACACAUGGUCAACCACCCUGCUCGCAACCCGCCAUCCACCACGAGGAAGUUUAACAAGUACAGCGGAACUUGCGGCUCAAUGACCCUUCCUUACACGCUGACCUCUGCACCUGUCACUACUUCCAAGGUCAAGGUUCCCUCAUAUCCCCACGUGUCUUCUGACCCCACAGAUCCGUACUACUUUCAGACUCAUGCUAAGAUAACACAAACGGCAGCAAAUAUACGAACACGUAUAUUUGAAAUUGGAUUUUCUGAGCCAUCUAACGCUGACAGAGGAGAACGUUUAUGUGAUUAUUCUGGUUGUGGAGUACAAGUCAUCUACUGUAACACUCACAAAACAAUAUGCACACAAGAUGGUAACUAUAAAUGUUUGGAUCAGCCAUUUGCCAACAAGCCAGGAAUGUCGAUGCUGACGUAUGGGGUCGUGUAUGAUGCAGUGAUGGGAAAAGUGGCAUUCAUUGAUGUCAACAAGGAGAAGAUACUAAGAUCACAGUCCCUCUACUAUGCCCAACAUCUCCCAAUAUUUGGCGUCAAGCAGAGUGAGGAAUUUACAGUUGAGAUGACCUUGAUGGAGGUGAAGGAUAAGGACAUCAAUGCAAGGUUACGUGGUGUCAUUCAACGAGCUCUCAAAUGAACAGACAAGGAACCUAACCUUCCUUUGAAAACACAUCGACUGACCAAUCCGAGUAUCCGAACAGUAUUUUAGUUAUAUUACGACCUGUCGGCCUGGUGUGGGAGGAAAGACCCAAGUGAUGCAGGUCUUAGACGUUUACCACUUUUGUGAAUCCAUGGACAGAAAGCAUGAUAAAUAUGACAUGUGUCCGGUAUAAUUUCGAUCAAAGAGAGCAGGAGCAAAAACCACAUGCAGCAUGGACACAACUAAGUCAUGACAAGUAAAAUUGAACAUUUCAUCACCUGCCUUGGCGGGAAAACAGUGAGAUACAAAACUUAACACAAUAUGUGAAGUUGCAGGUCCGAUUCUGUCAUCCAUAAUGAAAGGGUUUCAUUUCUUGUCUUCAAUUUUAGAACAUUGAAAGUCCAAAUUUCAUCUGCUACUCAGCUCAUAAGGUCUUACUUCUAAAGGUAAACCCUCAUACAAGGUCUUACUAGGAAAAAGCAAAAAAACCCUGAGGUUUCCAUCUAUUACGAGAUAGGAAGAUGCCUACAAUACAUUAGCAAGUCAGCAAGCUUACACCUGUAAAUAAAAAAGAAGCUAAUUGUCCUUCUAUUUACACCUUUAGCAAUGUAUUUAUGCCAUAAAGGUUGUCUUACCAUUGUAUAACAUGUACUCUGUAUAAACCGGAGAAAAUAAAGAAUAUCUGUAUCCAA